AUGGCUCCUGCAUGCGACCACUGUGGUUCCCGUGAUGACCUGAAACGGUGUGGAAGGUGCUUCUACGUAUCCUACUGCAGCACGGUCUGCCAGAGUGCAGCUUGGAAAGAUGGACACAAGGCAGUCUGCAAGGUACCCGCUCACGCAGACAUCCCAGCGAAAGUCCAAAAGAAGGUCGGUAGAAAGGAGGCGCGGAAUGUCAUGGGUACGAGCAAGGUAGAGACACAGGAGGAGCACGGUGGGCAGGGAACGUUCGUCAAGUUCGACCGCGAUGGACUGGCAGAAAAGUUGAAGGCUAUGCGUGCCGUAGCAGAAUACUGGCUGAUACCCGUGGGUGCUUCCAAGUCUUUCCCCCUGCUAGGACAUCUGAGCAAGGACGAUAUAGCGCGAGUGCUGAAGGUUGGGAACAAGCAGAGCCUCUCAGAAAAGGAAGAGUAUAGUGUAAUGUCAGGAGUCAAGGCAGUGGAGAGCAAGUGCGAUGGCGGGGCUACUUUGAGCGCCAUCCCUGGCGUCAGCGUUGUCUUCAAUGGAGCCUGCUACAAGAAGCAGGUCGUUCAGGACAACUAUGCCUACCUGGUUGCUGGCCACAUCACCGUGGGCACCUGCUUCAAGCUGUGGUCGGACUAUUGUGAACCGGCUCACUGCGAGGGUGGUGAAAUGGGUCUGCAGUGCACGAAGCAGAUCCCUGGUUGUACCGUGUAUCUGAACAAUAGCACUACUUUCGAGACACACCAGGUUCAGAAAGGUGAAACAUGCGUCUCAGUGGCCAAGAAGUGUGGUGUGUCUUUGUCUGACCUUGAGAAUCUUAACCCCAAUGUCUGCGGCCCCCAGAUGCAGAUUGGGCAGGUGCUCAAAGUCAGGAAGACCUAUCAGCAGGGACCGGGAACUCCAAUGUGCAUUGGAGAGAGAGUCAACAGUCCGUAG